GUGAAAAAAAUUCCAACGUGAGAAAUUAAAACUUCUUUCGACCCCAAUAAUCAGUAAUAAUUUAGCACAGAUGAUUGAAAAUUUUCUCAGUACCUACACGUCGGCAUAGAAUAAAGUUGACUCUCUGAAGACAAUGUAAGUAGAAGUACGUAUAUUUUAUAAUAUUACCAUGAUAAGGAGAAGAUAAGAUGAAACAUUUCGGUGUUGAUUCAAGUAAGAAUUAAGAAGUACAGAUAAGUCCAGGUACACAAUAUACAUUCAUAUCAUGAAAGAAAUUACUCGUUAUAAAAUAUUUGAACUCGAAAAAUUUUUGGAUAGAAAUGUGCAAACUAAAAUAUGUAAGUAUGCACAAAUGUAGGUAAAUCAUCGCAAUACUAAUUUGCUUUUCGUAGAUACGUGUUUUACGUUUUUUCGUUCUUAUGCAACUAUAGUUUAUCGACCACACGUCAAUAUGGAAAUUUCAUCAAUUUUUAUCUGCACUUUAUUUGUGGCACAAAUACACUUCUCUCAAGGAUUAAAAAUAUUGGGAAUUUUUCCGUAUCCGUCCAAAAGUCAUUUUACCUUCAAUAAUGCUGUAAUGAAAAGUUUAAUAGACGCUCGCCACGAAGUCACCGUAAUCACCUGUUUUCCAGAUCAAGCAUCGCAGCAAAACUACACAUCGAUAAUCGAUAUUUCAAAGGAGGAACUCAUGUUCAAAGGCAAACCAUUUGCAACCGUUUUUGCCAAGAGUACUUUCGCAUUGCUGACACGUGUAAUGAACGCCGAGAGACCUUUUUGUUAUGAGAUCAUGAAAUUGCCAGAAAUUCAACUCGCAUUAACCUCCAACAAGAAAUUAUACGACGUUAUCUUCGUCGAGAUCUUACUCCUGUACAACUGUUUUUUACCCUUAGCUGCAAAAUUCAAUGUACCAGUAAUAGGAACAGAAGCAUUUAAACAAGAAUAUUACGCUGAUUAUUCCAUAGGCAAUCCCCAACAUCCAGGAUACAUUUUUUUCGAAGCAGUAUCGAAUCGUUGGGACAAGGAUAGCUUUUUAGGACGUUUUAGUAACGUGUGGAUUUACUUGGAAGCAAUUUUAUUCAACUAUUUAUACCUGGUACCUUGUUUGGAAACAUUUCACCAGGAUCAUUUGGAUCAACUUGCACCCUUGAGUAAAUACAAAGAUAUUGCACCGAGUUUAAUAUUUUACAACAAUCAUCCGGCCUCAUUGAGCAGACCCAGUGUGCCAAAUGCCAUUGAAGUUGGAUGCAUCCAUGCCCAACGAGCUGAACCUUUACCAAAAGACAUUGAAAAAUUCAUCGACGAAGCCGUACACGGUGUUAUACUAUUUUCAGUAGGUUCAUUGGUCAAAGCUGCUACAAUGCCUUCUAAAACAAUACAUACUUUCAGAGAAGCAUUCGCCGAGAUCCCUCAACGAGUAAUUUGGAAAUACGAAAAUCGAAUGGAAAAUGUACCUAAUAAUGUAAUGUUGUUAGAUUGGUUGCCUCAAAGAAGUAUACUAGAACACAAAAACGUCAAGGUAUUCAUCAGCCAUUGUGGUCAGGGAGGCAUGUACGAAGCCAUUUACUCUGCCACUCCAGUAGUCUCUUGCGCAAUAACCACUGAUCAAUUCAUCAAUGCUAAUAUUUUGAGAAAAAUGGAAGCAGCGGUUCAGCUCGACAUAACCAAUAUUUCCAAAGAAGACAUUUUAACAGCGUUGAAUAGAAUAAUCAAUGAUACGAAGUAUCGCACCAAUAUGGAAAAAUUAUCGAAAAUUCUCAAAGAUCGUCCGAUGUCACCUGAACAAAGCGUUGUAUACUGGACCGAAUACAUCGCCAGGCAUAACGGAGCACCUCAUUUGAAAACAGCUUCUUUACAAUUGAAUUGGAUUCAGUAUUUGUUAUUAGAUGUGAUUUUUUUUACUUUUUCAAUUUUUAUAAUUAUUGGCUCGCUUAUUUAUUGUACUUUCAAGCGCAUUUUACGCUAAAUAUUCUGAAUAUAUACAUACAAGCUCAACUUUUAAAAAAUAUCAUAGUUCAUUGAAAAAAUAUUUAAAAUUUCAUUACAAUUGUCUUUUUUGAUUUUAUAUAUUCUAGUUUUUGAAAAUUCAAAAAUGGAAAAUGUAAAUUAUACGGUUUAAUCUCACAUUCUAUAUAAAUGAGAUUCAAAAUUGUCAAAGUAUAACUUCAAGAUUGCGCCAAAACAGGGUGUCCAACAAAAUUUCAAAAUAAAAUAGCAGUACUUUAUUAAAACGAUUUUUAGCAGGACAUUUUUCAACACUAUGGGAUUUUUAACAGGAGAGGAGGGGGAAGGCGUGGGCGAGGCAAAAUUUUAUAUCCAAAUUUUUCGCUUUUGGGUCAUUCCACAUCGAUUCGACCAAAAAAUGCGAUUUUGAAAGUCAUGUCUCUUGAUUUCAUUCAUUUUUUUUUCAGUAAGAAACCCGAAAUCUGUUUGGUACCAGCCCACUCAGUACUGCGAGGACAGGUGGAUGGGGCGUCAAUUAUUUGCUACGAUAUGAUACUUUGAUCAAAACUGAUUUCACAGUUUGUUCAAAAGGGCUAUGCGUUUUGAACUUUUUAAGUGUUUCGAAAUUUGCAAAUGGGUGAGGUCAAUUAAAACUAAGGCUAUAUUCGUGUUCAGCGAUAUCGAAAACAUACUACAUAUUUCAUGUGUCACACGAAUGAAACCAUUUUUUUGACUUUUACCCCCUUUGGAGAAGUGCUGGGGGCCGUGAAUGGGGUCCAAUCAAAAAACUGACGUCAUAUUCAUGUGUAGCGUCACCAAAAACAUACAAUUUGAUACGUCACAUGCGCCAGAUUUCUUUUUGAAAGUUUCACCCAAAUUUUGGGGGAGGGGGUGCUUCCCAAACAUUCAAAGAUCCCAUCUCAAAAAUUAAAUAUUUCAAAAAAGCAUCAAAUCGUACAUUUAUGGAAAUUUUUUCAGAAUUUUAAAUGGUAGCUCCCACUUAUAGCGCUAUUUUAAAAGGGUAUAGGAGGAUAAGGUACGGUUUUGGGCCCAGAAAUGGAUUUCGACGAAAUUCACACCAAAGGUUACCCAUGAUGAGAAGAUACGCUCAAAAAAUUUUCAGACCCCCAUACCUUUUUUACAGGGGGGGAGGGGCCAAAAUGUGUUUUUUAAACUUUAUUUUCUAGUGUUUCUCCAAAAGUAGAUAAAAAUUUCGCGUUUUUUUGUAUCGAUUCUUAAGGGUGAGGGGAAGACCAUGAAAUUUUUUCAAAAUUUUUCGGACCAUUUUUCACCAAAUUGUGGCGUUUUGAAAAUUUUGAGCGGCCAUUUUGUAAAGAAGUUGCGGAGGUACAGUCACCAUUUUUUUUUCCUAAAAUACGUUAUUUAGUCAAGAUUAUACCAUAAAAGUUUCAACGAGUUUGAGUUGGUGCAACAUUGUCAAAAAAAAUAAAAACUGACCACGCGUCAUAUUUGCCGGGGGUUGGGCAUGAUAGUCCACGGCGCUAUCGUGGGAAGUUACGUAGCGUUCGCGCGCGUUACUGUCGUUCGUGGUUGUCUCGUAGUCCAGUCAAAUAGGGGGGAAAAAUGGGUGAACCACAUACUCGUUAUUCCAAUCAAAUAUUUUUUGGUGAAUAUUGUCAGAAAUGUCAACCCCCUCCCUUCAUAUAUACCCCUCGAAAUGGCGUUUUUUCGUCUUAUUUCAUGUUUUUUAACAAUGAAAAUUGCGAGGAACAAUUUUCUAAACAUGUUCUUUGGAUGUAUUUACGACCCCUCAAUAUCAUAUAUUUUUUCGAAAUUUUUGUUUUGGCAGGUCCGUCAUGGUGAAAAUUUGAAAAAACGAGUCAUAGAGGGGGUAAAAUGAGUAUUUUGGAAGAAUUAACUAUUAAUGAGUGAUGUGUCGUUUCCGCAUGAUUCGAUACCACUAAGCACGAAUAUGACGUCAGAUUUUCUGCUGCACUCAUCAAGCCCCCCCCCCCCCCCGCCAAGUGUCUUCACUCCUUCAGCCUCCUCCUCAAUUUUUAAUAUUUUUGAAAUAUAGUUAUUUUGAUGAUAUUGGUGUUUUCAUAUGUUUCAAACCUACGGAGCACAAAUUUUAUGUCAGAUUUUGUUUUGCACCUACCUGGCCUCUCCAGGCCCUCAGUCCCCUCCUCAAUUUCUACUGUUUUUUAAACGGAACUACUUUUAUAAUAUUGGUGUAGUUUUCAAGUGAACCGAACUACCCGAAUGGAAAUACAAACGUCAGAUUUCGUUUUACUCGCACCCAGCCCCUCCGGAGCUUCUACAGGGGCCGGGUAAGUGUAAAACAAAAUCUGACGCAACAUUUGCGCUUGGGAGGUUCGAACGACACCAGUAUCAUAACGUCAUUAUGAGGGGGUAAAUAUGAAGGGAGGAGGUUGAAAUUUCUUAUGGGUACACCCCUUACAAAUGUUUACAACGUACUUAAAAAUGAGAAAAAUCGGUUCAUAUGGGGCUGAGAAAAUAAUUUUUAUUCCAUUCCAGAAAAAGGGUGUUUUUCAAAAAUGGGAUGAGGGGGUCUGGAGAUCUGAAACUUUCAAUGCGGAAGUUCCUCGUUAAGUACCUUUACCUACCUAGUACCUACCUACCUAACAUGCAAAUAUCAAUCCAAAAGCUCACGGAGCCCAUUUCUAAAAAUUACGUCACUUCGAGGGAUCGUAGCGCCACCCCCUUGGGGCUAGGGAGUUGGUUGAUAGAUCAUUCGAUAGGUAUUUGAGAGGACAUAAAAUGAUCACAAAGCUCACUCUACUCGAAAGUUGAUAUUUUAGAAGUUUUUAACGAAAAUCUGAUUUUGAAGGGGUGUGAUCCACUGUGGGAGGGGUCGGUGGGAUUUUAAUAUGUUGUUCACCACACUACUCUUGACAAUAUUCACCAAAAAAUAUUUGAUCGGAAUAACGAGUAUGUGGUUCACCCAUUUUUCCCCCCUAUUUGACUGGACUACGAGA